AAAAAAAAAAAGUCUAGACGGCAAAAAUAGCAAACUCAAAUAAAUAAUUCAAGUAUCAAAUCAAGUUCUUUAAUGCAAUUGUUUCUUUUUUAAACUGAAAUUGCUAUUUGGGAGCCUCCUACAUCAUCGACACUGAGUACAUCACGUGGAAAGUCACUCUUAACUUUCAAGAAACGUACGUUAAAGCAGUCAUCUCACCGGUGGUUGUAUCUUUUUGAAACCAAACCACACACAGCAAAAAUUUAAUGAUCUUCCCUUCUUCUUUUUCCUUUCCCUCUUUCCUUUAUUUUUUUUCAACUUCUUUUCCAUUUUAAUCCCAAAAAAAAAAAAAAAAAAAAAAGAAGAAGAAGAAGAAGAAGAAAUUAAUCCAAUGGUAUAUAUAUCAAUCCCAUUGAACAUGAUUGCCGUUGAGAUUUUAACACGUCAGCUGACUCUGAAGUCCUGCUGUUGCUGUUGGCGUUGUUGUUGUUUCAUCAUCUCCUUCUGCCUCCGGAGCUCCAGAACCUUGCGGUGGGAGUUAGAGUGCUGGGUGAGGACGAAAGUCGGGCUCGCUGCGGGUCGGUAUUCCGGUACGAGUCGACCCGACUUGUAUCGGACCCCACAAGCGUUGCAGAGUGUUUUGGGACCCAGUGGGCCCGUGCGCCACUGCGGUGUUCUCUCCGAGGCGCAGUGCGUGCACCUCCUCAGGUCUCCGUCCGAUGCUGCUGGUAAUUGGGCGGAUUCUCUCUUUGUUGGCUUCGGUUUCCCGCUCACUGGAACUUCCUUUUCUGGCGGCAUCAACAUCGACGCGGUUGUUUUUGUCCCCGUCGUCGCCCUUGACCGGUUGCUCCUCUCUCUUCCCGCAAACGAAGCGUUAUUUUGUACUGUUAGGGUUCCGGCAAGCGAGUUUGACGGGAAGUCGGUGAACGAGUCGUCAACGAACUGCGAUAACCAUUCUAGCUCAGCUACUUCAUCACUCUUCACACAAACCAAACCAAAAAAAAAAAAAAAAAAACUUAACAUCCAAGCAAACAUUUAAUUCAAUUAAAAAA